GAGCUGGUGACCAGCCCGUCUUCCCCGGGGAGCCGCCGCUCAAAGGCCCUGCAGCGGGAGCCGCCGCGCGGCCGGCAUGGCCGUGAGCAUGGACGACGACGUCCCCCUCAUCCUCACGCUGGAGGAGGGCGGCAGCGGCGCCUCGGCCGCCCUCGAYGACGAGGAGCUGCCGAACGAAAAUGGAGGGAGCUACGACGGCGUUCAUGAUGCAUCCAGCCCUGCUGCGGGCGACUGCUGUGCGCAGCAAAGCUCUGCCCAACACAACUGGGAGAUGAACUACCAGGAGGCAGCAAUCUACCUCCAGGAAGGAGAAAACAAUGAUAAGUUCUUCACCCACCCCAAGAAUGCCAAAGCACUUGCUGCCUACCUCUUUGCACACAACCACCUUUUCUACCUGAUGGAGCUGAGCACAGCGCUGCUGCUGCUGCUGCUGUCGCUCUGCGAGGCGCCAGCCGUUCCCAUGCUCCGGCUGGGCAUCUACGUCCAUGCAACCCUGGAGCUGUUUGCAUUAAUCGUGGUAGUCUUUGAGCUCUCCAUGAAGAUGAGGUGGUUGGGCUUCCACACCUUUAUCAGGCACAAAAGGACCAUGGUGAAGACCUGCGUGCUGUUCGUGCAGUUCAUAGAGGCCAUCGUGGUGUUGGUGCGCCAGACCUCACACGUGCGGAUCACCAGAGCCCUGCGCUGUAUUUUCCUGGUGGACUGUCGGUACUGCGGCGCGGUCAGGAGAAACCUACGACAGAUCUUCCAGUCCCUCCCCCCAUUUAUUGAUAUUCUCCUCCUCCUGCUUUUCUUCAUGGUCAUCUUCGCCAUCCUGGGUUUUUAUUUGUUUUCUCCUAACCACUCGGAUCCUUACUUCAGUACUUUAGAGAACAGCCUGGUGAACCUCUUCGUUCUCUUGACCACUUCCAACUUCCCUGACGUGAUGAUGCCAUCCUAUGCCCGGAACCCCUGGUCCUGUGUCUUCUUCAUAGUGUAUCUCUCCAUUGAGCUGUACUUCAUCAUGAACUUGCUCCUGGCCGUUGUGUUCGACACUUUCAACGACAUCGAGAAGAGGAAGUUCAAGUCGUUGCUGCUGCACAAGCGCGCGGCCAUCCAGCACGCCUACCGCCUGCUCAUAACCAAGCAGAGGCCGACUGGAGUUUCCUUCAAGCACUUUGAAGGGCUGCUGCGGUUUUACAAGCCUCGGAUGUGUACCAGAGAGCGGUAUCUCACUUUCAAAGCACUGAAUCAAAGCAAUACUCCUUUAGUCAGCCUAAAGGAUUUUUACAAUUUCUAUGAAGUUGUUGGCUUAAAAUGGAAGGCRAAACGAAAUCGUGAGCACUGGUUUGAUGACCUUCCACGGACAGCAUUCCUUAUUUUUAAAGGCAUCAACAUCCUUGUGAAGUCACGAGCGUUCCAGUACAUCAUGUAUACUGUGGUGGCUGUGAAUGGAAUUUGGAUUCUUGUUGAAACCUUCAUGCUGCAAGGAGGGAAUUUCUUCUCCAGAAACGUCCCAUGGAGCUACAUAGUCUUCCUCACAAUUUAUGGCGUGGAGCUGCUUCUGAAAACCACUGGCCUGGGGCCUGUUGAAUACCUGUCGUCGGGCUGGAAUCUCUUUGACUUUGCAGUCACCCUCUUUGCAUUUCUGGGGCUCCUGGCACUGGCGUUUAACAUGGAGCCGUUCUACUUCAUYGUGGUCUUGCGACCUCUUCAGCUGCUGAGGCUCUUUAAAUUGAAGAAGCGUUACAGAAAUGUCCUGGACACCAUGUUUGAGUUGUUCCCCCGGAUGGCCAGCCUGGGUUUAACCCUGCUGAUCUUCUAUUACUGCUUUGCCAUCGUUGGCAUGGAAUUCUUCGCUGGUGUGGUCUACCCAAACUGCUGCAAUACAAGCACGGUAGCAGAUUCUUACCGCUGGGUGAACCACACCGUUGGCAACAAGACAGUUGUGGAAGAAGGCUAUUACUAUCUCAACAAUUUUGACAACAUUUUGAACAGCUUUGUCACGCUGUUUGAGCUGACAGUCGUCAACGACUGGUACAUCAUCAUGGAAGGGGUGACCUCACAAACCACUCACUGGAGCCGUCUUUACUUCAUGAUCUUCUACAUUGUGACCAUGGUGGUGAUGACGAUCAUAGUGGCCUUUAUUCUGGAGGCUUUCGUCUUCCGCAUGAACUACACACGGAAGAACCAGGAUUCGGAAGAAGACAACGGCAUCGUGCUGGAGAAGGAGAUCACCAAGGAGGARGUGAUUGGGAUAAUAGAGCUGUACAAGCGGAGCUCCGCUGCCACUGAGACAUCUCAGCUGCAGAAGAUCGUUUUGCAGAUGGACAAAUACGGGCAAAUGUCCACACUGUUUCUGGGACGCAGAUCGAGAACCAAGAGUGAUUUAAGUAUGAAGAUGUAUGAGGAGGAGAUACAGGAGUGGUAUGAGGAACACGCCAGGAAAGAAGAGUCUCAGACACCGUUGCAAGAACCUGCACCCGCCUCCAACAACCCUCUGAAGCCYCUGAGCCUCCGGCACCGCUCCCAGACUGUCAUUUAGGCCUAGCUAACGCAAGCCGCCCUCUAUGCAAUAACCUAGAGUAUUACUUCACAGCGUAUGUAUCGGAUGGUGUAGAUAGGUCUGGUCAGUGUCCUGGUUGGCUUUAGGGUUUAAAUCUCUUCUUCAAGGCAGUGAAUUGCUGGAAGGAGAAAAAAAAAAAGAAAGAAAAAUAUAAAAACAGAGGCCCGGGGGGCUCUGUGUGAGACUGCAGGAACCAAGCUGAGCGUGAUGCCCGUGCUCAGCACAGAGGAGCAUCUCGGGCAGCACAGAGGCCUCUUCCCUCUGACCUGCUUCCCAGGCUCAGACCUGUUGCUUGUCUUACCACUAACAGGCCCUGGGGGAAGAGAUAGGUAAUCCAUUAACAGCAGGAAAUGCGCCGAAGCCACCUGCUUAAUAAUGUUAAAAUUUUUGCCCUUUUGAAGAUGCAAUUUUUCGAAGGGUGUCAUUAACCUAGGUGUAGAAGAUCAGGGAAUGCGUUUGUUUUGAUUCUUCUUGCCCCUUCCAUGUGCAAACCGAGGGAAGGUGGUGUGAAAUUUCAGCACUUUCAGAAGAGCAAUUGSUUUCCCCUCCUUUCUGACAUGCCUACGUGCACUCCUGCUGCAGCUCUAGCUCUGAGUAUUGAAUUUAGCUGCCCGCGAGCAGCUCUGUGGCAGCUGGAGCCAGAAUGCAGYGCGGGCGUCCAGGCUACAGGUGGGACAGGAGUUUGGGGGACAAACUCUGUCUCUGCAGGUCAGUUCUUCCCAUGGCACUGCCCAGCACUGGGUGACUGCGUACCCCCUGAAGCCCUCGUCCCGCCUUGGCGACACGGCUGCUUGCCCAGGGUGGCAGUGGUGUGGACCUUUGCGAAUGGCAGAUCUUUGCCUGCUCCUUAGCUCAGCUAGAGGAUGAGGAGGAAGGGGAGGAUGUCACAGCUCCAAGUCUGUGAUGUAGUUCUGGCUCCGUCUGGGUUAAGAGGAGCUUAUAGGCAGAGUCUGUACAAGAGCACUGCUGGUUAAUCCUCAGCCAGGUCCUGGCUUUAUGCAGGUCCUAAAGCAGCAGCUCCUCCCUUGUUCUCACCCUUGCAGAACGGUUCCCCRUGGUGGCAAAUCCUAAGAGUUGAUGGAGACAAAUCCCAGGAAGCUCCUCUACUGAAGAGCUCUACCAUUCCUCUGAAUUCUGGAGGGAGAAGUCGGAAUGUGGAUGACGGUGCUUCUUCCCACCAAUCCUGUAACUAGCAAGGAGGCUGCCGGAAAGGAUAGGAUCCUACCCCAGUUCCACUCAUGUAUUUUGUGGCUGCGUUUGCUUCAUCGCUCUGUUUCAUUGCCCACACAGUGUUUCAUUGCCCACACAAAGCGGUGAGAACGACUGUUGCUGUAAAUGCCUUUUUUUUUUUUUCUUUUCUCACCACAGAAACUUUGAGGGUUAAAAGUAUCUGUGUCAGCUGGGAGGUUUCCUUCCUCUUUUGCUUUUUAGUCUGUUCUUGGGUCCAGAUGAAGAGCAGGACUAGCUGGAGAGGCUUUCUCGUUCCUCCAGAGAAAUGGGGCAGCGGGAGGUCUGUGUGGCCGUUCACUUUGCACUGUGCACCUGAUUUCUUACAGGUCACCUCAACAUGUGGCACAAGGAGAGAGGGAGAAGCCUUAAAAUUGCUCCUUGAUCCCACCUGGGAAGCUAGGGAGCAUUUCAAGGAAAGGGUGAAUAGAUUUCAAAAGUAUGUAAUUCUGAAAACUUCCCAUAUAGAGAAGUGGAAGGGUUUGGGUGAACCGAGGGUGAGCAGCCACCAAAGGGUGCUCUGAGGGAAACAUGUAGGUUCUUGUCUGGGAGCCACAGGAGCCUUGGCAYGAAACUCCUUCUGAACUGAACCGUGAAGGACCUUCAAGGGCUGUUUUCCAAAAUAUCUGCCCGCAAAUGAAUUCACAGAGCAGAGCGGUGCCACUCGUGUGGCUGCUCUGCAUGCGCCUGUAGCCUGCGGGCUCUGUCCAGAUUAGACCUGGUGCGAGCAGAGMUGUUUCUUCUGAUUUGA